AUGCCCCCAUGCAAAUCUUACGAUGAUGUUGCCUGGGCAAUAAGCACCCAGCUCUGGGAGGACUGGCCAGAACUGCUUCGCACGGAUGGCGAUAUCUACAAUGACAUUGGAGUCAUUCUCUCUGAAGAAUUCAACGAUCUUGAAUGGACGCUGUUCGAAUUUCUGAACACAGGCGGUUUCAAUACCUGCUUCCAGAUGAAAUUCCCCAAUAACUACGGUGCUGUUAUUCGGUUUCCAAUACCCGGCGCUGUCAUGUUUCCGGAAGAGAAAGUCCGCAACGAAGUCUCUAUUAUGUAA